AUGGAAUGGUUGGCAGGGGAGGGGAAGCGCGCGAGGAAAGUCACAGUGGAGGUGAGAAACGCAUUCGCGCUCUUAAGCGAGCGGGGCGAUGAGGAGGCACCCACCGCAAAGACGACAUGGACAGAGUCGCCAGAGGUUGCCGCGGUGCAAGCUGAGGUAGGAGCAGAGGCAGAGCGGGCGACAGAGGUAGCGGCACAGGAAAAAGGGGGGCCGGAAACCAGUAUGGGGCUAGCACCUAGCGCAGGGCUGAAGGAUCGGCCGCUGGAGCUCCCGCUCCCUCAGAGACAAAAAGUGCAGCGGUCAGAGCCGGCGCCGGCUGAAAUGUUGAAGAGGCGGCCCGCGCCGGUCGAUUCGACCAGCCCGCCCCUGGUGGAAGAGGGGGAGGGCGACGGGGAGGGUCGCGAGCAGCGGGCGCGCAGGCGACAGCCCCGCAAAAGGAGGAAGUCGCAGCCAAAGGGGGACAGUGGAGCGGAGGAGGGGGAUGCCGAGGGGAGCGAUGGGGGACGGGAGCGGGAGCCGGGAGCGGCUUCAAUCCAGAGUGGGAAUGAGAGAGGGAAGGGGGAAGGGGCUGCGGGUGGCCGCGAUGGCGGUCAGGGCGCCGCCGCGGCAGCAGAAUGCGCAAAGGAGGGGGCGCCGACAGUGACGGAGCCGGAAGGGAAUGUGCCGUUGACGGAGCUAAACCGGAACGAGGAAGCUGAGGAGGAGAACCAGGGGAGGGGGGAGGGUGGCGAGGAGCCAGCUGAGGGCGGGGAGGGGAAGGGGGAAGGAGUUCUCUGUCCCCUCGUACCAUACCAAGCCUCGCCGCGGCUGGAGGAGGGGGAGGCUCCCCUGCCAGAGCCACCACCGCCACCUGGGGGUGCUCCACAGUUGCUCUCGAGUGAGACUGCACCGUUGGGGGAAAGGGGGGGGCACGACCCAUCUCCGCAAACACCGACGGGGGCAGAAAAGUUGAAUGGUGAUGGGAGGGAGGGGGAGGGUGCUGUGCCCUAA